UAUUUGUUUCUUAAAGGUUAACUUAAUCUUUUAUGUUUAAAAAAGUUUUCAUGGUGAAUUUGUUUUCUAUUGUGCAGUUUUAGGUACAUCUUAAGAAUAUGUUGGGACUGUUCCUUGCUGGGAUAGUCAUCUGUUUAAUAAUAUAUCGAGUGCAAAGAUAUUUCCGGUAUUGGGAUCAGUAUGGAGUCAAAACGGUCUCGUCGAUAUAUUUGUUGAAAGAACUGGUUAAAGUGUACUGCAGACAAAGGAUAAUGACUGAUAUGUGUAAAAAUGUUUAUAACGCCAUUCCAAACGCAAGAUAUUUCGGCGUUUAUCAGUUCUCAAAGCCUGCUUUGGUGCUAAAAGAUGCAGAUCUGAUCACAGAGCUCACUACAAAACACUUUGACCAUUUUACCGAUCAUCAGUAUAUGAUUUCAGAGAAAUUUGAACCAAUGUGGGGCAAGAGUUUGUUCAUAAUUAAAGGUCAAAGAUGGAGAACAAUACGACACAUAAUCUCCCCUUCUUUCACCUCUAAUAAACUAAAAAUCAUGUUCGGCCUUAUCACCGAUAGUGCUAAGAAUUUCACGGACCAUUUCUUGCAGAAAAAUGAAGACGUCAUCGAAGUAGAACUGAAGGAUGUUUUUACAAGAUUCACCAACGACGUAUUGACAUCUACGUCGUUUGGUCUGGCCGUUGAUUCUUUUAAAAAUCCGAACAAUCAGUUCUUGGAAAUUGCUGAGAAGAUGUGUAACUUUACUAGUGGGUUUGGAAAUCUUAUUAAGUUUAAUAUUAUGGUGCAGUGGCCAGCUUUGUAUGAGUUUCUAGGCUUACCAGUAUUUGACACCACUGUUAACGACUUCUUUGAAAAGCUUGUGGAAGAUACCAUCCAUAUGCGUGAAGAGCGGGGAAUAGUACGACCUGACAUGAUCCACUUGCUGAUGGAAGCCAAGAAAGAAUCUCUUAAAGAGAUACAUAUUGAUAAUGGAAAAUCUGAAGAUGCAGAUAACAAAAGAAUCCAACUAACGAAUAAAGAUAUCGCAGCCCAAGCUUUCUUCUUCUAUCUGGCAGGAUUCGACAAUGUAGCUACUCUCUUAUGUUUUUGCUGCUACGAAAUUGUUGUAAAUCCCGAAAUACAAGAUAGACUAAGGGCAGAAGUACAGGAAAGCUUCGACAAGUGUGGAGGAGCAGUCACAUAUGACACGAUCAAUGAGUUAAAAUACUUUGGCAUGGUUCUAAAAGAAACUCUUAGAAAAUGGCCUCCAGUCUUUGCAGCGGACAGAGUGUGCACCAAGUCAUUCACAAUUCAACCGAAAGUGCCAGAUGAGCAACCAGUAUACUUAAAAGAGGGCUCAAUCUUCUGGUUGCCCAUUUACGCUCUUCAUUAUGAUCCUUCGUACUUUCCAGAUCCAGAGACGUUUGACCCAGAACGAUUUAAUCCAGAAAACAAGCAAAACAUCAAGGCUGGCACAUUUCUAGCGUUUGGAUCUGGCCCUAGAAGUUGCAUAGGGUAUAGGCUGGCGUUCUUGGAAGUGAAGACAUUUCUCUUCCAUCUUUUAUACCAUUUUGAAAUAGUUAAGACGCAGAAAAGUCAAAUACCGAUCAAACUCAAGCCUACUUCUCCUAAUCUUUGCCCGAGUGAUGGGUUUUGGUUCGCUUUUAGGAAAAUUCGGAGGAUGAACAAAACCCCAAAGAGGAAACUACAUCAACCUAUUUUCUGGAGCCGUACUUUUUGUAGAGAAAACGGCCAAACCCUGCAAGGAAUGGCGAGACGAAUUAUCUGGGCCUUACUGCCGCUACAAGAUUUUGAGCAACCGCGUUACUUGUCUGGAAGUGUCAGCAAUCGCAGGCGAUCCGCAAAAAAUUGACCAGCCGUGCUUUACACAACACGUGUAUACACUAA